AUGGCUGAGACGGCUCACAGCUCAUACCCGCGCUCGCCGAAUCUCUCGACGCGAUCGUACGAUUCCUCGUCUGUCUCGUCUGCCACGUCUCCUCGACCGCAUUCUCAGUAUACUGGCGUAUUACGCCACGGCGCGGGGCAACCUCAUCUGUCAGCGCAUUCUCCGCAUCUCGGCGGCAUGCCGUCGCUACCCUCUGUCAACCAUGGUUUCCCGCCUUAUUCGCCAGUGCCAUCAGGCAUGAUGGGGCGCGAAUCAAUCGGCUCCAACGAUUCCAUGGGCCACCAUAGCGGCAUGUCUCUCUCAGGCGGUCUCGGGGCCCAGGCACAAAAGCGAGCAUAUCGCCAGCGACGAAAAGACCCAAGCUGCGAUGCCUGCAGGGAGCGCAAGGUCAAGUGCGACGCUACCGAAACUGCCAGCUGCUCGGAGUGUUCCAGUCGUAACGUCAAAUGUCAGUUCACCAAGGAAACGAAUCGACGAAUGUCGUCCAUCAAGCAGGUUCAAGAUCUCGAGAAACAAAUUGAGCGAGUCAAGCGUGACAACACACAGUUGCGGCGUAUGCUCCAGGACCGAGACGUCUCCAUGGAUGUGGAAGGCGAAAAUGGCGAUCCGUCACUCUAUCAAAUGCCCGUCAUCGACCCCGAACCGCGACCCAAGCGACGUGGGCCAAUAAUGCCUGAGCUGGGCAGAGCUAGGUCGAACCUCCGCAGCGCGGCCAAGGGCGUGUGGAAGCAGCCUCAAAUGCAUCGCUACUUGUCGAAUUCGCCCAGAGAGUGCGCCAUCCCCGAACUUCCGCCAAGAGCCAUGGCGGAUCAGCUUUUGCACACGUACUACAACUCGCUUCACACAAUGUUUCCAAUCAUCCAUCUGCCCAGCUUUCGCGCCAUGGUCGAUGACAUGUACCGAAACCCUCGUGCAACUGCGCCUGCUGCCUGGCUUUCAAUGUUCUUCGCCGUCUUGGCCGCUGGAACCCUCUUCAAUCUCGAUUCUCCUGCCAGAACCACAGGCGUGGCUGAGUUGCUCGAUACAGCUCGCAGCCUCAUCGAUCCCUGGAACAAUUCAUUUACGCUAGACGACGCCCGCACCUACAUUCUUGUCGCCAUUUGCUUGGACGAGAUCAACUUAAAGUCCGCAGCAUGGAACUGGCUGGGCAAUGCCAUUCGCGUCGGCCAGGAUCUGUGUCUCUACACGGACACCGAAAACUACCCCAUUAUCGAGGGAGAAAUGCGUUGUCGAACCUGGUGGGCAAUGUAUGUGUUGGACAGGACGCUCUCGACCGAGCUUGGCCAUCCGUGUCUUAUCAACGACGCCGACUGCGAUGCACGUUUGCCGGCUGCUGUCGAUGACCACUACGUGCGGGACGACGGGAUGCAUGUACCCAAUGGUGCUGAGCCAUUGACACACUCGCUUUUAGCUAUUAUUCAUGUUGUGCGCUCGUACACGUCUGUUUUGAAAGCGAUUGACAGCCCCAAAGUCCCGUCCGCGCACCUCGCAGCCUUUGAUAACCACUUUCGCAAGUGUCUGAACACAUUUCCGCCGGCCUGCGACCCGUCGAGCACCGUCGCUCUAGCUCCGCACUUUUUACCGCCGCUGGCCUAUCUACUCCAUGUUCGAAUGUUGCUGCACAGGCACAACCUCGCUCCUAGCUGCAGCCCAGAGGCACGAUUCGCAGCCGUCGAGAGCUGCACGCAUAUUGCCAUGGAGACGGCUUCGCUGAUUGCUCGAACCAAUGCGCCUGCCGAGGGGGCAACGGCGCUCCUAGCAACGCAUUUGUUCCGCUGCACUUUGUUCCUGCUCAUGGCAGGGCAAUUCGACCAGGCCAUCACUUGCACGCGGGCGCUGGGCUCCAUUGAAGCACUCCGUGAUGUGGUGACGCCUUGCGGGCGUUACUUGUCGUUCUUUGCCAACAUUUUGGCCUCGAAACGCGCGGAACACGCGAGCCACAUUGCCCGCACUACCGGCUCUUCUUCAAUACCGCAAUCUCGAAUCCAGGCUGACAACUCUGCCCUUUUGUUGUCACUUACCAGAGACGAGGAACUCUUGGUGUAUGUGUCCGCCGACACGCAAGCCGCUCCGUCCAGGACGUGGGUCUGGACAAUGGUUGAGAGAUCCGAGCCGAUGGCGACGAGCUCACCAAAGCCUCCAGGAGCCCCGAUCAGCUCUAUAUUCCAGUUGGAGCAGCGCACGGGGCUCACACACUCGGAGCAGCGAGAAUGGGGAGGAUGGCAGCACCUCGAGUCCACUGUCAGGUCUCUGACCUCGCACAACGCCGGAUGGACACCGUUGCCGGCACAAAAGAUUAAGAGCGAACCGCCAGUAUCGGCUGGGUUGGACAUUACCAAGCACCCGGAGCCUCCCCGACUCACGUCGGAACCCAAUUAUGCCCGGCCCAUGGCUAAGAGCCCGCCUCCUAAUGUGCCAAGGAGGGGCAACGACCGCUUGAGCAUCGCGAAUAUUAUUUAA